AUGAGUUUAGCACGCGUCAAAGCCCUCAAGGGCGAGAAGACCGUCUCCCGAAAGGCGCGGAAAUCCGGCCGCGCCUCUGGCACAGCUUCUCCCGGAGGCUCUGACAUUCUCCAGAAGGUCUUCCAGCACGAUGACACCUCCUACCGCUCCGGGUCCGAGGCCACACCCCCAGAGACCCCUCCCGUGACCUACGACAGCGACUCGGACGGUGGAUCUCAGCUGCUUGCGCUCGAUGAACUCGACCUGACUCCCUUUGACCCGAAGAAGCUUGUUUCGGAGCUGCAGGAUCGCAAGAACAACCAGACCGACACGAGAGAGCUUCUUCUACAUCACUACGUCAAGACCCUGCGGAAUCAAUACUCUGCCGAAUUUGAUAAUUUUGAUGGUCAGGUCGACGAGCUGUUUGGGGUGUUUCUAAGAGGGGCAAAUCGCGGGGCGACACCCAAGGAGAGAUCCCUGAGUCUUCAGUCCUAUUUGUUAACAGCGACAAUCGCCGACGUGGACCGGGUCGACUCCACACGGAACAUCCUGAAGCAGAUCCUGUCCGACGACGACGACGAGCAAUGCCAAAUUCACGCUCUAUACGCUCUUUGCCUGACAGUGGUGUUCUACGCCGCUAGCAAGGACGAAGUAUUCGACUUCUUGGAUUUCCUUGUGGAGAUUGUCCAGAGCAACGGAGAUUCGAUCAACGCCCUGGACAAGGAUGGUGUCAUGGUCGCCACCUUCGAGUGCUGGGCCUUUGCGGCGACGCAUGUAGACAUCUGGCAGCAUGCCGACUAUGCCAUGGACACAUUUGUCGAGAAGCUCGACAGCACAGACGUCGAAACACAGACGAUUGCAAGCGAGUGCAUUGCCUUCAUAUUCGAGGCAUCGCGCGCCCACGAACAAGAGGAAGGCGAACCGUUCCAGCUACCCUAUGAUCCCCAGCGGAUAGCCGGCCGGAUCAACGGCCUGACGAAGGUCUCGGUCAAGUCAAGAUCGCGCAAAGACCGCCGGGAUCUUCGCGAGAGUCUACGCAGUGUAGGCACUUCGCUAGACAGAGGGGUAGGGCCGUACUACUCCACUGCCACCAAUGUCGAGGAUGGCAAGGAGCUGGGCUACCGAUUCAAGCUGCGCAAGCGUGAUGCCAUCGGCCACCAGUACCAUGCUCCCGUCGAGUCAUGGCAUUUUUAUCAUCGCAUCCACUUCCUACGCAACGUCUUCAAGGGCGGCCUUGAGCGUCAUAUGGAGAAUGACAACCCUAUAGUGAUCGACUGUUUGGAUGGGCUGGACUGGUCCGCCGUGCCAAGGAGUAGCUAA